UCUUAGGAUUUGAAUCUGAAGAGCAACUUGAAACAUUUGUGACAACAGAUGAUGAUGUAAUAGGAGCUGCUAUAUUCUUAGAUUUUGAUGAAUCUUCAACUGUGUUGAAAUAUAAACUGAGAAUAUCAGAAUAUUAUGGCUUUAAAACAGAACAAACCUAUUAUAUUAGCAGUCAAAAAGGCCCUCGAAUAUAUAAAGGUUACAGGACAGGUUAUGCUGAAUCAGAAUAUCUGCAAUCAAAUUUCCUUAACUUUCAAGCUGCAAUUGAUUUAGCAUUUAUAAAUUUACAUAAAAAAGAAAAAAGUAUAAAAGAUAUCGUGCUACUUAUUCAAGGUAUGCUUUAUCCACCGUACAAUUAUUUGGAUAUGAGUUUUUCUCUCAUUGAUCUUAUUCCAACGAUGAUUAUUUAUGGUUUUAUUGUAUUUGUUCCAUUGAUGGUGAAAAGAAUUAUAGAUGAAAAGAGUAACAGAGCAAAGGAAAUGAUGAAAAUGAUGGGUAUGACUACUGCAAGUUACUGGGGAAGUGUUUUUGUUAGCAAUUUGAUAUUAAUGACAAUAUUAUCUCUUAUUAUCACGAUCUUAUAUUCAAUUGCAUUUGGUGAUGGCAUAUCUGUAAUUGGAAAUACUUCAAGUACCUUAUUUUUUAUGCUUAUGUUUCUCUACUGUGCAGCUUCUAUUUUAUUUUGUUUUGUAAUUACUACUAUAUUUAAUAAAGCUGCAUUAGCUGUAAUAGCCACAAUUAUUCUUUGGAUAACCAGUUACGCUGUACCUAGUACUCUUUUGAUGCCUUUCAGAGAUAAUGAUUUCUUUGUAACUGUCAGUCUAAGUGAUAAAUUACUAUCUUGUCUUUUACCAAAUAUGGCACUCACUUGGGCUAGUAAAAUAAUGUCCACAUUCAAACAAUUUGAUACUGGAUCUCAUUGGGACAAUUUAUUUGAAGCACCAUACAAAGGAGGAGAUGGUUUUAGUUUAGGACAUAUAUUAGGCAUGUUAAUAUUGUCCUGCUUUUUAUAUAGUCUUCUAAUUUGGUACUUGGAUUCAGUUUGGCCUUGGCAACCAGGUGUGCCAAAACCUCCUUACUUCUGUUUUCUUAAAUCUUAUUGGUCAAAUUAUCACGAGGAAGCAGAUUUUCCCAUUAUAAAGACUUGUCCUUCAUCUUACUUUGAAGAAGAACCAAUAACUUCCACACCAUCAGUAGCAAUAUCUCAUCUAAUAAAGAAAUUUAAAGUUGGAAAUGUUGACAAGUUUGCAGUAAAUGAUGUCACUUUAAAUUUAUAUCCGGGCCAAAUCACUGUAUUAUUAGGACAUAAUGGUGCUGGAAAAACAACUACAAUGAGUAUUCUUACAGGAAUGUUUCCUCCCACUUCAGGAACAGUUAUAGUCAAUGGCUAUAAUAUCUUAACUGAAACGACUAGUGCUCGAAAGUCUCUUGGACUUUGUCCUCAACAUAAUGUUCUUUAUGAUAAUCUUACUGUAAAAGAACAUUUAAAAUUUUUUGGUGGUCUUAAGAAUCUACCUUGGUCAGAAAUGGAAGAAGAAAUAGCAAAAAUAUUAGCUCUUCUUCAACUUUCAGACAAGCAAAAUGCUUUGUCGAAAGAUCUGUCGGGAGGAAUGAAACGUAAAUUGUCAUUAGGAAUCGCAAUCAUCGGGGGUUCAAAAAUUUUAAUAUUAGAUGAACCAACUUCGGGGAUGGAUCCAGAAGCAAGACGCGUAAUUUGGGAUGCAUUACUAGAAUUGCGUGGAGAUCGAACUGUACUUUUGACUACUCAUUACAUGGAAGAAGCUGAUGCGCUCGGCGAUCGUAUAGCAAUCAUGGCAGAGGGAUCUGUCAAAUGUUGUGGAUCUUCUAUAUUUUUGAAAGGAAAAUUUGGUACUGGUUAUCAUCUUCAUAUUGCAAAAGGUGAUGGCUGUAAGGUUGAUGAAAUAACACGGAGAAUUAACAGACUUAUACCAGAAGCUAAAAUAGUUAGCAAUAUAAAUCAACAACUGGUAUAUUCACUUUCUUCAGUAUCACAGUCUUUUGGUACGCUAUUUGAAUCUAUGGAAAAUUCAUAUUCUGAAUUAGGAAUUACAUCAUGUGGGAUUACUGUAACGACUAUGGAAGAUGUAUUUCUAAA